UUGACCUGCACAAACCAGUGAACAUGUAAACAUAAUCUAACGUUGAGAAAGUGGAAUGUAUUCACAUGCAAUGCCUCAUUAUUGGUUUUCUUUACUUAACCCUAAAUACAUACAUGUCUUUCCUUCAUUCAAACGCAACCCUUAAUUUUCUUACCCUUCUUCUUCUUCCCUUCUCUCUCUCUCUGAUCACAUUCAUUUUCCGUUGACUUCGUAUCAUGAAAUCUUGCAGCAGCCAAAUCAUUAACGUCUCAUUGCAAGUUGAUCUCAUCCAUCACCAUGGCUAACAUAAACACUUGAAUAUCCAACCAAAACCAUCUUCUAUCAAACACUUUCUGCAUCAAGAAGAUGAACAACAACACAAGUGAUUCAUCUGGGUACCUUGGAUCCAGCAACAUAAGUGGGUUUGGCAUGGGCAUAGGAAUCUCAAUUGGGAUUCUUCUGCUGAUCACAACCAUCACACUCACCUCCUACUUCUGCACCAGGUCACAGGUGCCAGCUGCUCCAAGGAGAAGAACUUCUUCUUCAACUGGCCCACAAUUCCUUGAGCCACACCACACAAUAGUUGAUGUUGGGUUGGAUGAAGCCACAAUCAUGAACUACCCCAAGAUGCUGUUCUCUGAAGCCAAGCUGAGAAAAUCUGAUUCCACACCAACAAGCUGUUCCAUAUGUCUGGGAGAUUACAAAAGUUCUGAUGUGCUAAGGGUUUUGCCAGAUUGUGAACAUGUGUUUCACCUCAACUGCAUAGACCCAUGGUUAAGGCUGCAUCCAACUUGUCCUCUCUGCAGAACAUCACCUAUCCCAACACCUCUCUCCACACCUCUUGCAGAAGUUGUCCCAUUAGCAACAAGGCGAGAUUGAUUCCUAGUUUCAAAUGUUUUUGCAUUGUUCUAGUACUAGUUCACCUUCACAAUUUCAUAAACUACUUUAUUGAUUCAUUCUAUAUGUAAAUUCUUCUCUUCUACCCUUUCUCCAAAACAAAACAAAUGUUUAAAGUUCAGAAAUAUCAGUUCAUCAUGAGUAGAAGCUACAGUAACUGCUGCAAAUUUCAUUUUUCUUUCCUUGUAUGAAAUCUUGAAAACCUCGCACAGUAUUAUUCAUAACAUGUUUCUUUGGAAAGAAAAA